AGAAUAAUUAACUGAUUAUUUAAUUUAAAUUUUAUGAAUUAUCCAGCAUGGGGAACAGUUAUGGGUUAACCUUUUGGUGUACCUGCUUAUUCUAAUACAUAUUUUGUAUUUGAUAGAAAUAAGAUUCAUGAAUACUAGAGUUAUUGGCCAAAAGAGGAAACUGGAUUAGCAACAGAUGUUUAUAUUGGAUUUAAGUAAAUCUCAAAUCUUAAAAAAGAUACCAAUGUGUCGAAUAUGCUAGAAGAUUUCUUACUUAAUAUUUUAAAGCUGCUUUUUAAGAUGUUCCACAUGCUCAUCAUAUUUGGGCUUUAGAAACUAUUGAAGAUUGCACUAAGGAAGAAGGAACAUUCCCAUUUAUUAAUUAUCCUAAUGGCUCUAAAGAGUUUUUUGUUUAUUAAAUUUUAGACCACCUAAACUUGGAGAUCUUAUUAUAUAUCCUUAUUCAAAAGAACAAAGAUUUGGUCAUGUUGCAGUUGUUAUUAAUGUUAAUUUACAAGAAAUGAUUGUUGAUAUUGCUGAAUAAAAUUAUGAAGAAGAAGGAUGGGAAUGUCCUCAAUAUGCAAGAAGAUUAGUUUUAUAAAUUGAAAAUGGAUCAUAUUUACUUACUAAUAAAAGAAUCGGGUAACUAUUUCAAAUUUUUAUCCUUUAGAAGGCCUUAUGACAAUUGGGACAUUAAUGAAUAAAUUUUAGGAUGGAAGAGAAUAGAUUUCAAUUCAAAAUUAUGA